AUUCGAUUUUUCGAUUUUUUCCUGCUUAGAAAUGUGGAAAAUAUGGCGUAAAGUCCGACAAACGAGCACUGUUACCUUCUUCUCUGAGUACUAUGCUAUAAUUUCAAGACAAAGCUGGUCUUAGGCAAGCUGAAUCUUCAUAGGUGGGAUUUUAAAUUGUUUGUGUAAGGUAAUUUCAAGACGUUUGUAAUCUACAACUUGGUUAAAGACAUUUCAACACGGAAAUUUACACAUUCUUGUGGCCAAGGUUUACUUUGUGGACAAUAACUGGACUUUGAAAUAGGUAUUUAAAAUCGUUGUUUCGAAUUUCUCAGCGGACUCAUACGACGAUGGAAGGAAGUGAUCUAUUUUGAUAAAUGUCGAGUUGACAGUUUGCAUUCAUCGAAGUAAUUUUGGCCACCAGUACAUGGCGCAUCUCUCCCCGAUUCUGAAAGUGAAAGUCGACGAACUGUUUCUAAGAUGGCUGUCUAUGCCCGAAACGCAACGGGUUCUUAGAAAUGAUUUGAACAAGUUAAUCCAAGGCCGACCUCUGUCGCCAAGGCAAUUGUCAAGUCCUGGUUCGGCAAAUGCAAUAGGCGGUGCUUCCAGGCCCAUUUCGCCCCCGGCUCCGCCAACCAGCUCUCCGAAUCAAUUAUUGCGGUCACCGCGAAGCCCUCGAGAACGAUCUUUUCGAAGACCAGGGUCUAAAUCGCCUCCGCGUUCUCCUAGGUUAGAGAACAAUGAAGGAACGAAGUAUCCGAUGAAGGAUAAACAUUUAAUUUUGAAUAAUGUGAGAAUCUUCCAAGGGUGCGCUGCACACUUGCCGCAGUUUCAUUUCCCGCUUGGAAAGCCAGAAGAUUCUACAUCAUGUGAAAUAACGUUGUCCAAGGUCGCUCAGAUAUUCAAACUGUACAAAAGCGGUAUUCCAAAAGAAGAGUUUGGACCAGUGGCAAAGGUAUUUUAACUUUCUUGUGUGUUUAUUUCUACUUUCUUUAGUUUAGUUCAAGAUGAAACUCGAAACCGAGUUUUUGUAGCGUGACUAUUGUUUACAAGUUGUCCGUCAGCGCUUACAGUUGAAACGAAGAAGCCAGUCUGACCUCUAAAAAAGACACGAUACUUGCGCACGCACGAUGAAAAAUUCAACGAUUUGUACUUAGGCUGGUCUUUCUGUUGUGUUUCUUUCAUACUGAUGAUCUGAGAAUCUUCCCAGAUACAAAGAAGAGUUGGAUUUCGAUGAAUGCCGUCUUCUCGGAGACUUAUGCGUGAACGCAGUCAGGCGUUGUUGUUUUUAUGCAUCAGGGUCACGUUCAUUCAGAUUUUUCAAAUCUACAGUGAAAGAGACACUUUCCCUAACGUUUGCCAAAGAAAACAAAUUUAAUGAAUGACGGAAAUGGUUUAAGAUUAUUCAAACAAUCAUUUAAGUCUGUCUUGAAAGUUUGAUUGUCUACGCGAAUAGCCUGAUCGGCAAACUGUGAGACAAUCUCUUGAACUCGUCCAACAACCAAUAUGUCACUUUGAGGAAGUAGAUACUUGAAAAAUAAAGGCAGCUCGCUGAAAGUGUUUAUUUUAGUAUUUACCAUGUUGUCAGGCCUGUUUGUCUAGUUCAAUGUUCCAGCGUGUUUUGAAGUAGUCGAAAAACUCGCGUGGUCUUGUAUUGUUUCGCAACGUUCGGUUUCGAAGCAUGUUAUAUCAUUCUCGUUGUUCUCGCGCAGUGGUGCCGAUCAAGCUUCAGUCUUUCAUUAUGGGAAAGGUCAAGAUAAAUUUUUUUAAAACUGAACACAAGAACACUCUUCUUAAAUUCAAACCAUUUUAUUUCUAACGAUGACUUUGAAGAACCGCUAGGUUACUAGAAAACUUACCUUCGCGUAGUUUCAUUCAGAUAGGAAAAGGUUGUUAUCUCGCUUAUUCGAGCAAAGUUCGAGUUAUCGAACGAUCUAUUUUUAGGUCAUUGUUUAUAUUUUAGACAACUUUUCUUGCAAGCUGGAGUUCACAUGUUCUUGCAUCUUGAAUAUGUUUUGACAGACGCGAAUUAGUUAUGAUGGAAGUCAGAAAAAGCGCGUAUAAAAAGUUAUAUCUUGAGGCUUCUGUUGAAACGAAAGCCGAAAGUUAAGGGACAUAUUUCCAUACUACAGAACUUUCCAGUGUGCUCUAAGCGCAACUCUGUUUAAUAUUGAUACCCUAAAACAGGUGAAGAAUAGAAAUGAUGCAAAAUAACAUGUAAUUUUAUCAUUUUUGAAACUUUCUUACGCUUGAUCUGAGGGCUUGUUUGAAAGUUUGAUAAAGGACUGAGAGGGAUUUAUAUGUCUCAUUUUACAUCGAAACAAUGACGCUUUUUGACAGUUAAAUUCAUUUUCCCAUGUUUUUUGUUUCAAUACAGAGAAAAAUAAAUCCUCUACCUUUUAUAUUUCUACUCGUAGUUUACAAUCUAUUUAAAAUUGCGUAAUAUGUUUGAUUAUUUGCUAAGGUAAGAUGUUGUGCCGUUAUCGUUGAGUACUAGAGAUUAUGUGUUUACCCUUGUUGCAAUGAUGGUUUUACAGUUUGCUAGAAUUUGGCAAAUGGCCAUCAUAUCAUAUCACUAAAUUAUAUCAUGAUAUGGGUUAAGGUCUGAUGUGAGGGACUUGAGGUACCACGUAGAGAAAUUAGCAUUUUUAUUACAAGUGAAAUAGCAUGCAAAUUAUUUGCAGUAUCCUCAUGAAAGUUUUAUUUCUCAAAGCUUAAUUAACACAGAUUUUUGACAUUGUGGUUGAAAUACUUCAGAAGCUAUAAUUUUGACCAUUUAACAGAAUGGGAGUUUAAUCUUUUAUACUGAGGCAAUUUACAAGAUAAGUUUAUUUGAUGAUGCUUUUAAUUAACAAAUUUUGUUUUUCAUUUCAAGGUGAUCUGCACAAGUUUCACUUGAAAAACUGUCAGUGAUUUGCAAUUUAGCGCCUCAUCAUUUUCCAAUAAAUUUUUCAACUUCAAAGUAGUGCUUUUGAGCAAGGUUUUUGUACCAAGAUACUUAUCUCAAAAAGUAAGGAAAAACUGAAAAAUCCAGAAAAAUUUUUAGUUACAAAUGUGCAGAUCAUGUUCUGAUGAAAAACAAAAGGUGGUGAUUAAACUUAUUUUAUAAAAUGUUUCAACAUGAAAGUCAAUAAGCUCCAUUCUGUUAGAUGGUCAACAUUUUAAAAGGAAAUAAAAUAUCCAAAAUGAGUAUAUUUGCCUCGAGAAAAUUUAUAUUUCUCUCAGGGAAAGUACAAAUAAUUUGCAUGCUGUUUCAAUUUAAUCAGAGCCAUCACAAUUUUCUCAAAUUUGAUUGGUGCACUAACUGCUUUAUUUUUCAGCAAUUAUUUUGCAUAUUUGUGAUUGCACAGUUGGCUGUAAUCAGACAGUUUAAGCAGCCAAUCAUACUUAACCUGCCUGGCUAAAUCCACCCAUCACAAAAUUACACAAUAACCAUAGCAACACCCAAUUGUCCUAAGUAAAAGUGGGGAAUUUCCAAAGUGGAGAAAUUUUUAACUGAAGACAUUGUCUCUAUUGGAGAUAUUUGUUCUACAAGUUUUUUUUUUUUUUUUUUUCGAAAAUUGUAAUAUGGUUAUGAUUAAUUGGUAACAGGACUUAGUGUCAUCCAAUUCUGUCUGUAUGCAUAUUUGUGACUGACUUUGUGGUUGUCCAAUUUUUUUGCCGAUAAUCACUCGUAUAUCAAGGAAAAUUUGUUUGACAGUCAAGAGCUUCUUUGGUUGGUGAUCAUUUCCUUUAUUUUUGUGACCUUAAUUGAAGGUCUUAGGAGUAGAAGGGUUUAGAUUAACUUUUCUGGUUAUGGUUAUUUGAUAUCUUUCAGGCUUGUGGUUUACCACUUUACUGGCGCGAACCUCUGUUUUUUGCAGCUGGAGGACAUAAACAUGGCUAUGUAACUUUACCCAUGUUUAAUGCUAUGUGGAAAAGGUACUUACCAUAUGAAAAAUACUUAGUUUUAGUGGUAUUUCUUUAGUUAUAUACUACACAAGUGUCAAGUGCUUUUGGCGCGUACUGAUUGGUUAGUUUUGGACGCAGUAUUAUUCACCUCUGAGAAGCUGGUGAGACAAAAUUGCACAUCAAGAAGUUAAUUUCUGACCAUUUUUUGAUAUAUCAAAAAAAAUAUACUUAUUUUUGUUAUAUGUGUUGUACAGGCAUAAUACUAAUUAAUGACAAUUAUUCACCUCGGUGUUGGUGAAUUUGGGGAAUAUUUACUUUGUCCCUUCACAUCCCUUCGCUCGGUAGAUAUCCACCACUAUUCCCCUACAAUUCAGUGAAUAGUUACUAAUUAUUGUUUAAACUGUAAAUUCAUUGUAUUUAGAUAAGAAUGUUAUUAUUAAAAGCCUUGUAGUCAAACAUAGUCAUGUUUCUUCCCAAGAAUGAUUCUAUAUUUAACUGGGAAUUGCUUCUUACAGUUCUGACUGAAGGCCUUGUGGCAUGUAAUGGGUGAAAGCUAUUUGGAAUGAAUACUUGAAUGAACAUUUAACCAUUCCAUUUUUUUUUCACAGUUUAACAUCUAAUUGCCAUGAUGAUGCAUCAAGAUUUGUGCGACUUCUGAGUGCUAAAAACUCUCAAAAUUACCUUGUUUCAGAAGACUUUAUUCCCCUCCUGCAGGUAAUAUGCACAUCAGCAUAACUGUUCCAUACAAGUCAUGUUAUAGUAUCUCUCAGUUAGUAUGUGCACUAUGAUUGGUCAAUUAGCAGGCUGUAUUUCACCAUACAGCCUGCUUAACUCAAACAUUUGUGUGGAAUGAAGCCUUUCCUCUCUAUUUGGACCCAGAGAUAUGACAAAUAUCUCAUUAACCUUGCUUUGCUUGUGGGCCAUAAAUCCAAGCAGAAAAAAAACAAGGUCCUUAUUGAGUUUUGGCCAGCUAGAUAAGAGGUGUAUUAUUGAAUUACAUAUAAUGAAAACAGAUUGUUUUUUUAAAGUAUAAUUUAAUUAUACCCUGUUAUGUGGUUGACUUUCUAAGAAGGUGACUUAACCACAUACUGUGAAUUUGAAACUUGAAAGACCUAAGCUUACAACCUUCACAACCAAUCCACUGCAAAAGUUCCUGCCAUUUAGUUGCUCUCUUUGACUUGUCUUGUGCACUCAGCAUUUUCAAAGGUCACCAUUUGGUGGUCAAUAUUCAUACAGUUGUGACCCAAAGUGAAAUUUCAGUAACCAGAAAAAAAAGAGUUUAUUUAGGAAUCAGCAGUAGAUAUUUUUUUAUAUUUUACCAUUAGGACAUUGUGGAAACACAUCCUGGUUUGGAGUUUCUACGUGAUGCUCCUGAUUUUCACUCUAGAUACAUCCAUACUGUAAGUAUGUUUAGAUUGGCUAGAAAUAUAAGCCUAUACAGGGUGUGAAAUUGCGCCUAAUACAGGCGCCAAUGCAACUAAAUUUUUCCCUUUGGUGACCAAAUCCUGAAAAUUAGUUGCCAAAUUGGCGACUAGAAUGUUUCAUCAUAACCUUACCAAGAGAUAUCGUGAAUUAAAAAGAUUUGCAAAGAUAAAUCCAUGGCAAACUUCCUCGUUAAGUUUUUUUCCAAAAUGCAGCACAUGCAUCUCGAUCGAUAACUAGAUGCCAUCUUGAAUUUAGGUGAGCUUGAGAGUUGUAUAUCAUCCCUCCUAGUGUCCACUUUGUAGCAUGGUAAAGAUCUUUCCCCUAACUUAAUUUGGAGGGUCUCUCUAGAGCGCUGACAGCGUAAAAAAGGUUUUGUUUGUCUUUGAAAAUGGCGACCAACUUUUUUUUAAUUGGCUACCACUUUGAAGAAUUUAGGAGCCAAGUGGCUAUCAGAAAAAAAAAUUAAUUUCACGCCCUGCUAUAUGUUUAUGGAAAAAAAUAUAUAUAUUAAAGGCUCUUUUAGAAGCCACCAAACUUGCAAAAGCAAAAAUCAAUUUUAACCCUAGUUCAUUUGAGUAAAGGUCAGUUGUUAGUUUUAUUAGUAACUACAUAGGCUUCUGGCUAGCUCAAAACUGCCUCCCAGUUAGCUCAAUUGGUUAGAGGGCCAGACUGUUGUGCAGGAAGUUGAGGGUUUGAGCCCUGGCUGGAUCAACACUCAAGGUCUAAAUAUAACCAAGGACUUUUCUACAAUAUCAAGAAAUAGAUAGACAUUCUAGUCUUCUCUGAUAAGAACGAAUAAACCGUAGGUCCCUUCUCCUGCAUUUAUUAAUAAUUUGGUUUGGCAGGGGACAUUAAAGAACCCACUCACGAGAUUACUGUGAUGUGGUCUGGCCUGAAAAGUAUAGUGUAAAGUAGAUAGCAGGUCUACAUCAGUAACAGCUGCCAUUUAUUCAACCUGCUUUACUAAAUAAAGGAUGUAUGUAUGUAUGAUGUAGGUGCUUACAUAUUUUUGAUGAAUAGCAAUUUUCUGGCAAAUUUGUUGCAUGUUUUCCAAAUUUUCUGGCAGAUAAGUUGUAUUCCUGAUUUGUAACGAACAUUCUUGGAAAGAAAGUGCAGCCUAUAAACCAGCAUUAACAGUAUUGUGAUUUAACUGUUUGUUGAUCAGCUCUAUGAGAUUUUCACCUGCGCUGAAUAAGAGUGAAAAAAUUCCAGAAAUUCGUCUUCCUCUGACUCCUAACACAUUUCUCAGGUCCUAAAUUAUGUUUUUAGGCAGUACUAACUGGCCUUUGCUGAAUCAUUUCAUUUCAUUUUCCAGGUGGAAAAAUUUAGUAGCCAAUAAGUUUUUCCUUUUUAAUUUUCAUCACAUAGCAAAAUAUUAAAAAGCAAGUUUUAAAGAUGCCUUUUGGCUUAAAAUGUCUAAUUAUUCCUACACAUAAACAAUGACCAGUUAUGUGUAAAAUGCACAAUUUAUUUUGUGAGUGCUGGUUUAUGAGAAGACCUUUGGCAAGACUUGAAGGUAGUCACUGGCUGCCAACAGUUAAUUUCAGUUGCUUUGGUGACCUGCUGGUUGUGACCAAUUUACUAAUCCUCUGUGUUUAGAAUUUUCUCAGAAGCAAUGAGUCUGAGGACAAGCAUGAUGUUUAUUUGACUGUUAAUUUUUUUUGUUCGUUUCAGGUUAUCGCUAGAAUAUUUUAUUGUGUAAAUAGUUCAUGGACAGGACGCAUUACAGUUCCAGAACUGAGGAAUAGCAAUUUUUUAGAAGUAAGUUACACUCAAGAUGUUGUGUUUUGGUUGGCAUGUCUAUGAGUUUCAGUGUUAACCCUUUAACUUACGUGGGUGACUAAGACAGAAUUUCUUCUUUCAUCAUCAAUACAAUAUCAAGCGGGCGAGUGAGGAGAAUAAUGAAAUAUACCAAUCAGGGGAUUAUCGAUUGAUCCAAUAUCAAAUCCUCCAAGCUAAUAUUAUGAGAUUUAUGAGACAGACAGGAAGGAGAAUUACUACUGGUAAUGAGGUCUUGGGUUUGAGAUGGUCAAGUUGAAGAAGACAUUUGUUACAAACAGAUGAACAUUUCUUUGAUACACAACAGAGAAAAUCUGAUUGCCUAUUUUUUCCUACACCAGGUUUUAGCCCGACUUGAAGAAGAAGAGGACAUUAAUGAGGUACAUAAACUUUGUAAAAUAUUUUGGAAAGUAGUGGACAUGAGACUUUACUUUGUAUAGAAAUAGUUGAAAAACAGUCUAGUAAUUCUGGAUACAGAAUUUUUCAUUUCGGAAGGAAACAUCACCUGAAUAUUUUUGUUACUAACAGUGAUCAAAGUUUCACCAUGCAGCCCAUUUGUAGUUGACUUUUUGUGAUUCUGUACUUCUUUCACCAUUUGCACUUGUUUUGAAGAAACAAGACUACAAAAAAAAAAAAGAAAAAACAAACAAAAAAACAAAAACACUUUUAACUAUGUUCUCAGCCAUUCAACCCAUGUAUCAAAAAAAAAUUUUUUUCCUUACCAGUAAAACCACAAGUUUAUUACAGAGAAUAUGUUAAGAACUCCUAAUAAAAUCAUGUAAGAUAUUUAUACUCCUAAUUUAUGUAGAUAGGUAGGAACUAGUAUGACUGACAACUCCUUGGAAGUAGAAUCUCGGAAUAUACUGAUCACUGAUUUAAUUAUUUGUUCAUUGUUAUCUUUCAGAUCUUGGACUACUUUUCUUAUGAACAUUUUUAUGUAAUUUAUUGUAAAUUCUGGGAGCUGGAUUCUGACCAUGACCUGCUGAUUGAUGAGAAAGACCUAAUGAGACAUAACAACCAUGGUAUGAGAUACUCUUAUAAUGUGACGAUCAAUUCUAAGCUUAAACAUACCUCUCCCUUGGGCAACCCACUGGCAUUUGACCAUCAUCCAUGCCAGGGAGAUGGGGAAUUUGAACUUUUACCUGGCUGGGGUGGGAACUAGCAGAAAACACAUGUUCCAAUUUGAGAUAUAGAGGAGUUUAAAGGUUAAAAGUUGGCUUUCAUGAGCAAAUGGCUUGGAAGAAAAUGAUUGACAUUGUAGAAUGAUGCUUACAUGUCAAGUGAAAAACCAAACAGCAGCACCAAAAUUUAUACACACCUUAGCUAACUUCUACAACAGUAAUUAAUCACACAACGAAUUAUUCAACAAACAAUUUUGAUUGGAUGAGGCAUUUGAAGGCAACUUAUGUCUAUAAGGGGGGAGGGGGGUGGGCAGAAAUUUAACCAAACCAAUCCUAAAAAGCUCAAAUGCCCAGGGGAUUGCCAGAGGGAGGGGGGGUGUUCAAGCUUUAAAUUGAUUGACUCAUAACUAUAUUGAUUUCAUAAAAUUAAGUAAGCUUUCAGGACAAGUGCUCCCUUUAGCCAGAGCUUAUUCCAUUUGCUGUGGCAUAAAGCAACAAGUAGAAUAACUAUUACUUGUCGCUCUUGAAUGGGAUGAUUCUCCUACAAAUUUGUCACAAGUUUGUCAAGAUUCAUUAAUUUAAAAGUCUGUGAAAGAGGUUCGCAGCAUCCUUAAAUUUGGAUGAUUUGAGAUGGCUCUGAACCUAAUCCACUUUUUUUUUUUUUAAUUUGCCAAAAGGGUUACCUGCAGUAGAUGAUAUAAAGCAUGAAAAUUUAGGGUUUUUUUUUUACUAGUUUGCAUAGUUUUGAUGCACCAAAAAAAGGACUCGCCAAAAAAUCCCUAUAAUUGUAAAACACCAGUAUGAUACAGUGUGCAAUGUGGGUCACAGGAAGUAAUAGAUGGUUACCAUAUUUUUAGAAUGAACUAGUAUGUUGUUUGGUAAUUUUUUAGUUUGAUUGAUUAACAAGCCAUGAUAUCUGAACUCAGAUGUAUGUCUUGGGUCACAGAUAAUGUCAGUGAUAAUGUGCAAAGCUUGAGAUGUUUUCUUCUGAUAUUUUGUGAUGGAUAAAAACAUUUCUCUGUCGUUGGAUACGAGGUAGUUGUAGACAACUCAUAUUCAAGUCAUUGUCAUGGAAGAUUUUAUCUGUUAUUGAAAAUUUGAUCAUUUAUUUUAAUCUCAUUUAUUGUCAUUUUCUAUUUUGCCAUCAGCAUUAUCAUCCAAAAUAGUGAAAAGACUGUUCUCUGGGUGUGUCACGCGGUAGGGAUAAAAUAAUUAGGGUAAUAAAAAUAUUACUGUAGGUUGACUUUAGUGGAUGUACAUAUAAGGAAUCAAUUCAAGAUGCCGCACAGUUUGAACACUGAUGCUGACAUGAAUUUAUUUAUGGUGAAAGUUGAAUUAACUGUUAUCUUUGUGAAGGAAGUCCUACUGAAAAACAUAGCCUACUUAGUUUUUAGUGCAACAGCAUGCUUCCCCGAAAAAAAAUUGAAUUUGAAACUCUCUGAGACAUGAUUUCUAGCAUGAUUUAUGAGUAACCUUUUUUUUAGCCAGACAUUGAUGUUAGAAUCAGUUCAAAAUAUUUAUUUUCUGUCUUCAAUGUAAUUCACAAAGUAGCUGGCACAAAAUGGUCUGAAAACUGGCAAGUUUCCUCUGCCCAUCUGCAAUGACACACAACAACAACCUUGCAAUUUUUCAACUGUAGUUAACAUGCACCAAGGUGAAUGAAGAAAAAUUCAAGAUACUGCAUAGUUUUAAUAAGCUGAAAAGAAAAAAAAUAAAUGAAGGGAAAUGAUUUAAAAAUUUAUGUUGAGGGAAAGUUGAAUUGAUGGUGUUUGGUGAAGGAUGUUCCACUGAAAAAAGAAGUCUUAGACUUUAUACUUAAUUCUUAACACAACUAUCGUACUGACAGCAGUUUUAUUUUUUGGGCACCUUGUAUUGUGCUGAUGUAGAGGUCCCACUUACAUGGAGGGCAAGAUGACUUAUCCAGAGUUUGUUUGGUUUCUUCUUUCUGAAGAGGACAAGAAACAUCCAAGAAGGUGAAUAUAUGUGCCUUUUAUUUUUUAUCAGUUUACAGUAAUUAAACAGAUGGUUGGAAGCUGCAAAGUAGAACCACCUUGCUUUGUGAUGGUUAUUGAAAAUUUGCCUUGUCAUUAAACAAAGUUGAGCAUUCACUGUACCUUUGUGAGCCACAGUAAGCUAUGUUGGCCCUGCAUUUCCAGUACCUCCUUCCAGUCAUGUCUGCAAGAGGGUACAGGAAAACUGGUGGCAAAAGAAAGUGAAAACAUUUCUCUGAGUAGAGAAUUCAUAAACAAAGUUGAGAAUUCAGUUUGCCUUUGUGAGCCACAGUAAGCUAUGCUGGCCGUACAUUUUUCAGUAACUCCUUCCAGUCAUAUUUGCAAGAGGGUACAGGAAAACUGGUGGCAAAAGAAAGUAAAAACAUUUCUCAGAGGGGUCGGGAGGUUCGUAUGAUGUGGAGGGAAGUUUUUAGCUUCCUUUAAAGCUUGGUUUCAGUUAGUUCCUUCUUGAGGAGGGUAGGCUAGGAAGGAAAGAAGCCAGGUAUAUGCUGAUCAAGAGCUUUGGAGUGUUCGUCAUUUUAUGCCUUUUCUCUCCACAGUAUUGAGUACUGGUUUCGCUGUAUGGAUUUAGAUGGAGAUGGUGUACUGUCCAUGUAUGAGUUGGAGUAUUUUUAUACUGAACAAAUUUCCAAAAUGGAUGUCCUGGGCAUAGAGACAAUGCUGUUUGAAGACUGCCUAUGUCAGGUUUGUCGACUUUUAAUAAAAAAUAAACUAUGUAGAACUUUGGUUUAGAAUCCAUUUGCAGCUACUGAGUGAGUUUUGAGCAAAUCUCGUCCUCAGAGACCCAGCGGCUGUGACUCCUGCUCUCUCCCCCCCCCCCCCCCCCCUCCUUUUUUCCCCGGCUUAAAAUCGACUCGCAGCCCCUGGGUCUCUAAGAAUGAGCCAUUCUGAACAAGUAAUAAAAAAUUAACGCAACAUGGCAAUGGGCUUUCCUUGUUUGCAAUAUAUAUAUGAUUGAAUUUAUUUGUGAAGUCUUCGUCUUAUGAACGAGGCUUAGAACUUGACGUAAGUCUAGGUCCCUAGUGCAGUUUUUCCAGAACUGGGGGAAUGUUAGAGUAAAUGUAACUUGAAUAAACGGGGUAAGUUUCUAAAGAAACUGUCAGUGGUGCUGCCUCUGUGGGGAAGUAUAGCAGGGUCAUUAAGUAUUAUCAACCGAGUUGAUAACGCCAAUUGGCCAAUCUCAUCCUCUCACCGUAGAGAGUUUAAAGCUGACGUUUCGAGCGUUAGCCCUUCGUUAGAGCGAAAAUUCUUCCUUUAUUACCUGUUAAUACAUGUAACUUGGAUUGGGGAAUGCUAGAUAGAGAUUAUGACAUUCGCUGUUAUGGGGAUGUGACUGUGGCAGAGGUGACAGUGAUGAUGAUGAUGAUGAUGAAAUGCGACAAUGACUAUUACAAUUAAGUUUAUUUAUUUAUUUUUAAUUACAGCCUGUAAUGUUUUAUUUCUUUAUCUUCUUUCUCAGAUGUUGGACAUGGUGAAGCCUAAAACUCCAGGUACGAUCGCUGUCUUAAAACACUAAAAACAGUUCCAAAAUUACACUUACUAAUAUUCUGUAUUAAAGGAACCACCAACUUAAACUUUUUGUUGGAGCUGUUUUUAAAUUUUUUAAAAAUCACUGGAUCAUAACAUAUAUUUCUACAGGAUGCAUAACGCUGAGUGACCUAAAGAAUUGUAAACUGGCUUACAUUUUCUUCAACACAUUCUUCAACUUGGAUAAAUAUCUGGAAUACGAACAGAGAGAUCCUUUUGCUGCAGCGAGGGUAAGAAGCUCAUGUCUAUAUUACUGUUAGGGUCAUGCAAUUGAGAAAUAUCGAUCCCAUAUCAUUGUUAAAGUCACCGUAUUCCCUUGAAUAAGCGCCCUGGCGCUUUUAUAAAAAAGGCUAAACGGAAAAGGGGGUAGGGGGUGCUUAUUAAAAGGAAUACGCCUAGUCGAGGUGGGCGCUUGUUAUUCUCCUGUAUUGAUUCCUUUGUAGUUAAAGCUUAAAAGGUUAUAAAUAGUAGCAAUAGAAACAGGUUGUGCGUGUUUCUCUACUAUUCAAGAAAAUGAGGGAAGAAGGGGUGCUUAUUCGAGGGGGGAUAGGAGGGGGAGAGGGAAAGGCAUUUGUUUGAAAUUAUCCCCUUUCGGGUGGGCGCUUGCUCGGAAGAAGGCGCGUUUCAGAGCGUAGGCGCCCAUUAGAGCGUGAGCGCUUAUUAGAGCGUGGAUGCUCAUCAGAGCGUGGGCGCUUAUUAGAGCGUGGACGCUCAUUAGUGUGUGGGUGCUUGUUAGAGCGUGAGUACUUAUAAGAGCGUGGGCGCUUAUUAGAGCGUGGAAACUCAGUAGAGAUUAGGCGCACAUUAGAGCGUGAGUGCUUAUUAGAGCGCGGGUGCUAAUAAGAGCGUGCGUGCUUAUUAGAGUGUGGAUGAUUAGAAGAGCGUAAGUGCUUGUAAGAGCGAGGGUACUCACUAGAGCGUGGACGCUCCUAAGAGCGUGGGUACUUAUUAGAGCGUGGACGCUUUAAAGUAAGUCAUUUGUUCAUUAAUUCGAUCAAAAAAUUAAUUAAUUAUUCAGUACUAACAUGACACUUAAUUUGUAGGACUUGCAAGAUGGCGAUGUUAACGAAAGGUCAGACUGGGAGAGAUAUGCUCAAGAAGAAUAUGACUUACUGGUAGCUGAAGAAGGAGCCAAUGAACAGACAGAAGGGUAAGACCACAUGACUUACGCGGUAGAUUCUUGUGAGUUUUUGGCGCGGUUGCAUGAUAACCUUAGUCUGGUUUUAGUCAUGAUUGCCAUCAGUCAAAAAAACAGCCAUGAAACAAUAACAAAAACCAACCAACUCUUAAAACCGCAUCAAUGCUAGGGAAAAGUUGGGGAAAUUGAUUUUGAAGGAAACGACAAGAAAAUUUUUGUAUUGGAAAAUUCAUCCCAGCAGCAACAUCUUUUUUUCUUUUCUCAAAUAGUUGCCUUUUAUUUUUUUUUGCAGCUUAUACGAAGAUGACUUUGACGAAGACGAAGAUCUGGCCGAAGGAGAUAUCAUGGCGCUGAAAGGACUUGAAAACGACGAUGAUCUUGGUACGGGAAACAACAAUAAAAAUAAACCCUGGACAAUGGUCACUGGAAUAGAUGAUGACGUGGAUGAUGAUGAUGAUGACGAUGACUUUUAUUGAGUAAACUACGUUUACAAAGAAGAGUCCGACAAAUAGAGAGUUCUCUUAGAUCCGGUCGAAGCUGUCCGAAGCGCUUCCCUGAGAGGGGCCUUGGGGCAUCAUUUUGCUCGAAAUGGUAAAUGGGCCCAAUUCCUAGUACAUAACUAGUAGGCAGUUGUUAAACGAAGAAGGACGUGCUCCAACGGUUGUCCCUGUUAAAAUAACGUUUUCAUCGGUAACAGAAUAGGUGAGUUAUUAAGGAAUUCGAAGGGCCCAUUAAGGUACACUGUGGUGACCGCGGAACGUGUCCCCUUAAAGAUGUCACCUUCCUUAAUGUGUUGAGGGCCACAGAGCCGUGACCUCUCCAAAGAAGUUUCCUACGGUCCUAGUGUGUGAGGUUCAAUUUUAGUAUUCAAUGGUAUUGUUUUAAGGUUUAUUCUUGUAAGUAAAUGAAGCUCUGAAAUUUGUGCGGCAUAGGUAGAAGGGAAUUUUGUGAGCUUGGCGGUGUUUCUAGUGUUUAUAGAUCUGUUUGUACUAGCGAGAAAGUAAUUAAAAAAGUAUCAAUCGAUUUUAAGAGAUUUGAGAUGAAUGUUGUUUGGAACUAACUCAAUUUCCUUUUAAAAUUAUUGCCAAAUUUCAUUUAGGUUACGUCUGUGAAGAAAACCACAGUUGUGAAUUCGAGACUUCAUUUCCAAGAAAAUGUGUCGAAAUUCAAAAGCCUUUGAGAGCAUACGAGCCUUCGUGCAUAGAUUUAACUAUGACUUUUAAAUUACCUGAAAGGAUCAUUACUAGUACAAGACCGCCUCUCUCUCUCCCC